AUGUCAAAAAGUGAUAUUGUUUUUUUACAAACAGAUAUUGAUUAUAUUCUUGACACAACGAAUUUGAAUGUUUCUGAACCAAUCAUAACAAUAUUUGGUACAAUGAAAGACGGAAGCCCUGUACAAUUACUUGUUAAAGAUUUCAAUCCGUAUUUUUAUAUUCAACCAGUUGGUGAUCAAAAUAUAUUUGAAGAUGAAAUAAGAGAGGCCAUUGAUAAAUUAUCGAUAAAAGGAAAGCUUUUAAAUGUCAGUACAUCUAUGAAAUAUCCUUUGUAUGGAUAUUCUGAAUCUAAGUCAUUAUUUUAUAAAUUAACUUUUAAUACUCCAUCAGUUUUUUAUCAAAUAAAGCCAAUUCUUGAAGCGGGAAUUCUAAUAAAAAAUCGGUUGGUGCGCUUUAAAUUAUUCGAAAGUAAUUUUCCAUUUGUCUUAAGAUUUAUGGUUGAUAUGAAUAUUGUUGGAAUGCAAUAUCUUAAAAUUAAGCGAUAUAUUGUUUUAUCAUCGAAUCCAUUUGUAAUAUCCUGUUCUUACGUGGAUGUUGUGCCACUGGAAAUUAAAAAUGAAUAUGUCAAGCUGCCUAAAUUUAAAAUUUUAAGUAUAGACAUAGAAUGUAUUAGCUUAGAUAAAAUAUCUUUUCCAGUAGCUACAAAAGAUCCAAUUAUACAGAUCGGUAAUACUGUUUCUUAUUCAGAUGAUCCUAGCAAGAUUGAGCAGGUAAUUUUCUGUUUAAAAGAAACUGCGCCAAUUCCCGGUGCAAUAGUAAGAAGUUUUAACACGGAGAAGGAUCUUCUUAUAGCAUGGAAGGAAUACUUUAUAGAUCAAAAUCCUGAUCUAAUAUUGGGUUAUAAUCUAAAAGGGUUUGAUAUUCCAUACAUUUUGGAAAGAGGCACCACCUUAAAUAUAGAAGAUUUUAAUAAGUUGGGGCGAACACAAAAACCAUGUAAAGCCAAAGAUGCCGUUUUUAGUUCUAGACAAGUAGGAUCAUUAAGUACACCUGAAAUAACUAUCGAAGGGCGAAUUGUUUUUGAUCUAAUGCAGAUUAUUCGACGAGAACAUAAAUUAAGAAGUUAUUCGUUAAAUUCGGUGAGUUUACAUUUUUUACAAGAACAAAAAGAAGAUGUGCCACACAACUCGAUGCAUGAUCUACAGGAAGGUAAUAAAGAUACUAGAAAACGUAUUGCUUCGUAUUGUUUGAAAGAUACCAUUUUACCUUUAAGAUUAUUUAAUAAGCUAAAUAUUUUGAUUAAUUAUACAGAAUUGGCUCGUGUGAUGGGCGUGCCUUUAGAAUAUUUUUCAAGUAGAGGCGUAGGAAUAAAGGUUUUAACACUUAUUUAUCGAGCAGCAGCAGAAAAUGAUUAUCUUAUUCCUGUAUUAGACGUUGAGGAUAAUGAUUCUACAUAUGAAGGGGGGUUUGUUAUGGAUCCCAUGCGCGGGUUUUAUCCGCAACCCAUUGCAGUUUUAGAUUUUUCGUCAUUAUAUCCUUCUAUUAUGAUUAGUCGUAAUCUAUGUUAUUCAACGUUGUUGACAAAAGAACAAUAUGACAAAUUUGGAGGAACUAAAACGCCCACUAAUAAUUAUUUUGUAGAUUCAAAAGUUAAGCAAGGUCUUCUUCCUAAAGUACUCAUAAAUUUAUUAGCAUCAAGAAAAGCAACUAAAAAAGAAAUGAAUGCAGAAUCAGAUCCUGGGAUUAAAGCAUGUUUAAAUGCUAGACAAACAGCCAUUAAAGUUUGUGCAAAUUCUAUUUAUGGAUUUACAGGCGCAAAUACAGGUAAACUGCCUUGUGUUGAGAUAUCACAAAGCACUACAUCUUUUGGUAGAGAAAUGAUUGCUUUUACUAAAAAUAUUAUAGAAUCUACAUUUUGUAAAGAAAAAGGAUAUUCACAUGAUUCUAUUGUAAUUUACGGUGAUACCGAUUCCGUUAUGAUUAAUUUCAAAGAAAAUGAUAUGAAGAGGGUUUUUGAGAUGGCAAGUGAAAUUUCGGAAUUUGUGACAACUAAAUUUAUAAAACCAGUUUCUUUGGAAUUUGAGAAGGUGUAUUAUCCUUAUUUGCUUAUUAAUAAGAAGAGAUAUGCUGGAUUAAUUUAUAAUAAUCCCAAUACUCCGAGUAAAAUAGACACUAAAGGAAUUGAAACUGUAAGACGUGAUAAUUGCAAUUUAGUAAAGGAAGUAAUAGAAACGUGUUUAAAUAAGAUUUUAUAUGAUAAAGAUGUUGAAGGUGCCAAAAUUUAUGUUAAAAAAAUUGUACAGGAUUUGUAUCAAGGCAAGAUAGACCUCAGUCAAUUAGUAAUUUCGAAAUCUAUAACAAAAGCAGGAGAUAAAUAUGCUAGUAAACAAGCACAUGUAGAAUUGGCAGAAAAAAUGCGUAAAAGGGGAGAUGAGUCUGCUGGUGCGCUGGGGAAUAGAGUUGCAUAUAUUAUGGUAGAAAAAGGUAAAAAAGUUGCAGGAUACGAUAAAGCAGAAGAUCCAGUUUACGUUUUAGAACAUAAUUUACCAAUAGAUACUGAAUAUUAUAUAGAGCAACAGCUAGCAAAACCACUGCAUAGGUUAUUUGAACCAAUUGUAGAUAAUGUAUCAGAAUUAUUAAAGGGUGAACAUACAAGGGUAGUAACAAAUAUUGUUAAAGCCAAAGGGCCGAUGAAUGCAUUUUUACAAGCAAAGGUUACUUGCGUUGGAUGUAAGGCAUCUGGUACUAUUUUAUGCAAAUCUUGUCAGCCUAAUUUUUAUAAACAUCUUAUAAAAUUACAAACAGACGUAGAAAAUAAGAAAAAAUUAUUUAAUGAAUGUUGGACUGAGUGUCAAAGAUGCCAAGGAAGCCUACAGGAUGAAAUAUUAUGUGCUAACAGAGAUUGUCCAAUAUUUUACAUGAGAACACGGGUUAAAAAAGAAUUAUUUCCGCUAGGAAAUAAAUUAAAAACCCUAAGAGAAUUUGAAUGGUAA